AUGUCUUUCAGCUCCGAACAGGAGGCCGACAAAUUUCCCUGUCCGUCUCCUCUCCUUUACACUGUUCCUUGCGCCUCACCAGAAACGCGAGUGUUUCUGGAUCCGGUCAUAUAUCCGCAGCCGUCUCUCGCUUCUCCGUGCUCCCACUUCCUGCGCUGCUUUAGGUUGCACUACCCGAUUGUUCGUGCCCAUCUCCUUACUGCUCUCGAGUGGUCUUCCGCCGAUGAUCACUCGAGCCGUGUCACAUGCAGGCGAGCAGAGGUUCAUAUGCCGAGACGACCGCUAUCAAACAGACACAAUGGGCGAUCUCAAAAUACGUUGCAGUUCACGCCAGGCCCCGAUCACUGCGGACAAGAAGUGCUGCCAUUCCAACAAACUGGCAACCGCGAUAACUGCUCCAAAACACAGCUUGCUCAUUCUUUUGAACAUCGCGACCGUAUUGAUAUUGCGCCUGUUUCGCCAAGGUCGAAUAGAACAGUCGAAGAUGUUCCCGAGCUUCUUCGAGAGCUUGCCGCCGCGGAACGUACUGGACAGUCUGUGCGCAUUCGACGCUCCGAGGAUAGCGGUGGCGACUCUCUCUUUAUUUCAGACGGAAGCGAAUCGUCAGGCGUCGCGGCUCAAUUAGGGAAGCCCCUCUUCUCUCAGGAUGGUGUCGAAAAACGAUUCCCCAAUCCAGUUGAAGCAUUUGAUGAGCUGGCGCUUGCUGUGCUGAAGCGGUUACGAAAACACGUGACUGAAGCUGUGCAGACCACCAUAGAUACAUCCUGGAGUGCCCGCGUAUCUCGGGCCACCAGAAGACGCCUCGGUAGAAAACACCAGCUUUGUCUUGCGUGCCCACAAUCUUCCUCUUCGCGUCAGCGCUGCUCCCGCAAGCGAAAGCAAGAAGAAGAAGAGACCAGUGUGCGUCCACACAAGAGAAAGACAAGCGAGCAAGAGAACGUGGAUGCCGCCACUUCUUCGGCGCGAAAUGAAGAAUCCAUGGAUACUGUAAAGGACAAAAGUGAUGAGACGGACGCAGCUGCAGAGGACUUGGGAACGGCGUGCAGGCAGAGUAGGCGAGGACCGUCUCCUUCUUCAGAAACAAACCUAGCGGGAGACACUCUGCGAAACCCGCAAAUGAGGAAGACUGUAGCGCAUGCGUCAACAGCCAUUGAGGCGUCGAUCGUAACAUGCCCCAUGAAGCAACACAUGCCUCGAAGUCAAAGUGCCGACCUUGGGAUCGCCAGUGGAAGGAAGCCAACGAGAUCCACAACUGACACAACGGCCCCAGGCCUACGCACCACACGCAAGAGUGAAAGACAGCAGCCUCCUUCCGGUGACGGGGCAAAGGCCAAGAAGGAAACUGAACACACAGGAGAAGUGGGGCUUCAACAUACCUCCGCUCCGCACGGGGCUUCAUCUGCCGUGAAGGCAAGGGACGACAUUCUGGGAACGGAUUUGUUUUGCUUGUCCAGUGAAAAUGAAUAUCUGGCAUGCUCUCCAGGUUCUCAAUCAGCUCCUUCUCAGCCAACCUCUUCUGGACUUUCUUGUCCGUCCAUGCCUCAUUCACCUCCGCCGUCUUCCCCGUCCUCGCUCUUGCCUUCAGUGCCCCACCACCGACGGGUCUCUUUCCCUUCCUCCUGUGCGGUGCCUUCGGCGGCCGUGCCUCGCGCCUUUUCGUCUCCUGUCCCGUCUCGAAAGGGAUCAUCCGCCGUCGUUCCACACCCGGUGUCUUCGAGACAGGUGACGGGUGCACGCACGAGUCUCUCCUCUCUGCUGUCGUCUUCUAGGCGGCCUUUGUCGUCUGCGUGCUGCGACCUGAUCGAUGCGCUGAGCUGCGGCCUAUGCUUGCUCUUCAACAGCAGCAGAUAUCCCCCCCGACUCGUCUCAGGAAACACACAGUGGGUCAGGCGACUCUGCCUUCAUCUAACGUUUCUCAUGAAGCGCAUGAAGCAGCUUCGCCGACAAAUGUGCUAUUGGCCUUUCGCGACAGAGGCGCCGUGCGCCCGUCCACAGGCGUCAGCUGGUGCUGGCCGUUCCCCGGGGUCUCAAAUAGGAGAAAAUCUGCUGCGGCGAAAAAGCGUGGGCAAGCGAGGAACAGCACAGAGGUCUACAGAAAAGAGCGACCCCAGACGCAAGGAGGAAAACUAUUUUCCUUUCGAAGAACGACACCACCUUGAAAAAAGGGGAGUGACAAGACCAAACGACGAAAGCGGAUACGAAAGAAGAGGGAAAAAGGAUGAGAGCCCGGAAGGCCGACGAAGAACAGAGACGCGCCACGAACAGCUCGACAAGGCGAGAAGGGGACUUCGAUACCCAAGAGCACCACGAGUAGAAACAAAUGAAGAGGCUGCAUUUUCUUCCUGGUCGGCGGGGCCUUCUCACAGUUCUCAAGCGAGACUGUGGCAGAAGAAGGCGACGAGGAAAAACCGCAAAGCAGGCAUCUCUCGAACUCCGAGAUUGCUGGCUGUGACGGCUAUUCAGCGACUGCCACGGGCACCUGAGGAGACAAACGGAGGUAUAACUCAACCGUGUUCGUCUUGCCCCUCCUUAUGUCCAACCUCCCCCAGAAGGGGCGGCUGUCCGUCUCCGUCGCUCUCGUCGCCUUCGUCUCUGCCUUCGUCUGCCUCUGUCGCUUCUCCGGUCUUUCCACUUCAGCUGCCCCGUACUCUCUCCAGCAAAGGACACCGUCGAGCCGUCGCAGCUGCUAUGAGCCUGCCCAGUUUGAAAGUGGAUCAACAGACGCAAGUUUCGUUCUCACAGUCAGCCUCCCCUGCUUCAUACACACUGUCUCCUCAAGCGCCUUCGUUUGCUGUGGGCUGUCGCGUUCGCCGUUCUGGAGCAGCGAGAUCCAGAGCCGCCAAAGUCGCUCCAGUUUCCCCAGAGGUACAUACACCGGCCACGAGGACACUUCCGCGAAUCUGGCACCAGGCAAGCAGUGUCGGGGAUCCAGUUGGUGUUUUGCUGAAGGGCCACGACCGAUUCAGGCUUGGGAGAUUGACGCAGCAGCAGAGAGCGCUGCUUCAUCUCCUGCUGCAGUCAAAGCGGCUUGUCUGUCUUUUCCUCCGCGUCCUUCUUGCGCCCCUAUCUUUCUCUGAAGCGGAGGCGUCGCCCUUUGAGUCUCCGUCCUCUGCCUGUUCAUCCUUUCCAUUCCAACAGGAUGACGCAGGCGCAGCCGACGCUUGCACCGCCCCGCCCUCUUCCUUCGUCUUUCACUCGUAUCCGGUCGUCCGCCGCCACCCUUUUCCAGCUCUCCCCUGUUCAGUUUCGACCUUUUCCUCGUCUGCAUCUUCUCCCUCUUCUUCUCCCUCUCCCUCUCCCUCUCCCUCUCCUUCUUCUUCUCCCUCUUCUUCUUCGUCUUCAUCUGGAUCGCAGCCCUCACCUUCCUCUACGGCGCUCCCUUCAUCUUCGCCAGGGUCAGCGGAUUCGUCGUCUGCAUCUUCCAUGGACAGCGUCGAACGGCGAGAGAGCGCGAGAGACGCACCGUUGCCUCCAGGUGUCUAUGGAGGCCCUCAGACUCUCAUUCGGGCCCUGCAAAUGUACUUCACCUAUCGCCCUGGAGCUGGAAGACGUCUGCUUCGUCUCCUUCCACAGUGCAUCGUGGAGGAAGAAGACAAAGUUUUGUUUCAGCCUCUCUCCUGGCGAGAAGGGGGAACUGGCGCUUUCCGGGGACAAUCACGCAAAGAGCGAACAAUCCACAGAGAAAGUUACAGAAGAGUCGCGGGAGCGGCAAGCGACGAGAGGGACGAAGGCCCGGUCGAGCCGACGGACGACGAAAGGAUGCGCGAGGGCAAGAAGCGAAACGAGGAAAGAGUGACAGGAUGGCGACGAACGGCCGAGGACAGCAAAGACGACAGAAACGCGAGGUCGGAAUCCGAAGAAGGGCCAGAGGGUGGUAGUGCACGACUGGGGGACGCUCUCGGAAUGGACGAAAUCGAUGAGAGAGCGAGGCAGAGAAGAGAACACGAUCGUGUACCAGGCGAGGAAACGGGAGAUGAAGAAACGCAACCGAUGCCACUAGAACAACUGGAGGGGAGAGAACAAACGAGUCAAGAGAGGCAGAGAGAUGUACCCACAAGAGAACAAUGCGCCAGAGAAGUAGACACAGCACGAUUGCCUCAGGCAGUUUUUCGCUCUCCAAACGGAGACACGACAACCGGUGACAGUCUCUUUCUGCAUCGCAAAACACCUAGCCCUUCGUUGGUGGCAUCAGUUUCUUCUCGUUCCUGUUCGUCUUCUUCCGGUCCGUCCCCUUAUUCCUCUUGUGUGUUUUCACCGGCAUCUGGGGCAUUUCUUCGAUUGCCCGAGACGGCAUUUGCGUCUCUGUGCGGCUUCCUUUGCGGCGAUCUCCUUCCUCUGCUGCAAGCAUGCCGCUAUCUUCGUUCAGCUGUGCUCUCCACCUUUGGGACCUCUCAGCAGCAUCUGAAUCUUCUGAUGGUGGAUGUGGACGACACACGCUUUCCGACCCUGGCUCCUCCCGCUGCAACGCCACCUUCCCUGUCUCUCCCUUCCGAGUCUUCCGCUCCUGCUACAAGGGCUCUUCUGCGGCCGUCGUCUGCGGAAUCCUCUUCGUUGACUCCUUCGUUUUCCUCCUUUCGCUAUACACAUCUUGCGCAGGCGUUCAAGAAAGACAAGGAGCAACUUUUGUAUUUGCUGAGAUUCUGGAGAGGCUCUGUGGAAGCCUGGGUGGAGCCCCGGCAGCUCGCCGAGCUGCUGGAGUGCAUGGACAGCCUAGGAAACAUACGCGAGCUGUCGCUCUUCUCUGAUGAAAGGAUGCACGCCUUUUUUUCGCAGGAAGAACCCGGUUCGCCCCAGAUUUUCGAUGAAACGCUGCGGCUAUCCGACGAAGAACACUGCGCUGGAGACGAAUCACGAAAGGAACCCGAGAGGCAUGACCGACCGGAAAGGAAACAGAACAUCGCUCCUUUCCGCCGUUCAAUUUUAAGACGAAAGCGAUGGCUCGAGUUCGGCCCGCUCGAUAUCCCUUUUGGAGGAUCAGAGGACGACCCUGAAGAAGAGAAAACAGAACGAGGAGACCGUGGACACACACGCAUCACUGGAUCCCAUUGGCAGGGGAAGCGAAGGCGCAAACGCAGUGAACGGCCACUGUUCCCUCGCCUAAGGAAGCCUUCGCCUGUGGUUUCUGUUGCUUCCUCUCCAAGUCGCUCCGCCUCUCCGCCUUCGCCUUCGCGUUUUCAGGGGCGUGCCGGCUCUUCCGAUCACAGCUCAUUCCUUUCGCGACGAUGCGUCUCCGAUGAGACACGCUUCGGGCCGGCCUCUCGCACAAGACCCGUUUCCUGUGGUAUGCUUUCCCCGUGUUCGUCUCUGCCCUCGUCUCUUUCUCAAGGUUCCGAACCCUCUGCGAGGUCACCUCACGCCUCCUCGUCCUCCGUUGGCGCCUCCCUCUUGGGUCGGAAGGCAGUUCACGCGUGUCUCAACACACUCGUGUGUCUCUGUGCACGCAGCAGUCGCACGUUAGAGGCCUUUUAUUCCUCUCUCAAACUCCUGAAUUGUCUCUUCCUUGCCGAGAUCGCUCGCCUCCCAGUUCUUCUGCUCCCCCGACUGGCGACUGUCGAGGGGUCUCCUGCCUCCGUCCCUCUUUUUGUCUCUCCCGCGCUCCGAUUCGUCAGUCUCUGCGGCACGGAGACACUUCGCGUGGCGGGGAUCCCUUCCCCGCGGGCCUUCGAUGGAGAAAGAUCAGUGCGUACCGAGGCUGCAGCGGGAGGCAGUUUCCCUCAACGCGCGCCACAUCACGGACGCAACAGCAGUCGACAGAGACCAGGAGCCACCACAGCGGAGCGAGAACGAGAGCCGGAACGAGAGGGAGAAAGAAAAGCGGAACGAGAGAGGGAAAGGGAAGGAGAACGAGAAGGGGAAAGAGAAAGAGAACGAGAGGGGGAAAGAGAAAGGGAACGGGAAAGAGAACGGGAAGGGGAAAGAGAAAGAGAUAGAGACGGAGAACGAGGAGGGCAAACCGACAGAGCAGAAGAGAGAGGACGCGCGAGUGAGCGGAGCUUGGAGCGCACAGGCAAGUGCGCGUCAUUGAGGGGAAGAGCGGCAGAGCGUGCGAGCUCCGCGGAGAUGCGUUCCUUUCCAGAGAACGAAGAACUCCCGCAAGAAGCUGGAACGCAGCGGGAAGGAGAGCUGCGGUCCCCCUUAGCAGGAGAAAACGGACAGGAAACAAGCUGUUGGGAUGCCCACGAGCCGUACCUCUGUCUCUCCAUCUGGAGGAGUCAGUCGACACUGACGACCCUUCUGUGUGAAGGCUUGACCCUACGCGUGCCGGAGACCGAGUGCGCCCGUCUGGUGACUCUUCGCCACCCGUCGGCGCGAUGUGAGCAAAGCCCCGGCCACGCAGAUAGAGCGCUGAGGCCAGGGACGGGGAGCGGUCGCUGCCAAGCGCAAAAUGUCGAGAGAGAGAGGAGUGGAAAGGACGGCCAGCAGCCGGAUAGCGAGGACGCGGUUCCGGCGACACCUGUUGAGACCGUCACACUCUCUCUGCCCUAUCCCUUUCCCUCGCGUGUCGAGGAAAAGAAUCAGAGUCUCCUGUCUCUUCGACCGAGCAACCAGAUAACCAGCCCCGGGUGUCCGUUUCCAGCAGUCACCUGUCUGGAGUUCGCUCCCUCCCCCUUUUCCGCGUCUGCGACUUCUCUGCGGCGCUCGCCCUCGCUCCGGCGGUCUCCCUUUUCGGCGCCGGUACGCGCUGCUGUGGCUCCAAAUCUCGCCGAUUCCACUCGUAUUCCUCUCGUAUUUGCGCUCCCCGCGCUGACCCGCGUGCGUCUCCGCACGGUUUCGCAGUGUUCGCUGGUUCUGCCCCACCUCGAGGCGGCCGCAUUUGCUGUCGAGGGGCGCGUGAGCCUCGUUUCCCCCGCGGGAAGGGAAAACGGCGCAGUCGGCGCCUCGGGACCGGUCGUGCUGGAGCUGCUUGGAGCCGCAGAAGACAGCCGCUUCGGCAGCGCUAACAGCUUCACAUGGUGGGGCGGCGUCGAGCCACAGGUGACACGGGGCGACGUGGAGUCUCAGGGAGUCCUGGAGGGUUGGAUGUCACCGGCGGGAGGCCUCUUCGAACGGGGCUCUGGGGACGCGGAGGGCGCGGGGCUGGGGAGACGAGAGAGAGAGGCCGCAGACGCCAGUUCCAGGCGGCAGAGCGACGACCUUCAAGGCGAGAGGCGAGCGCUCUGGAUACAUCGAGGGCGAGAGGAAGGAACAGACGCCGUGGAACCAAUCCCUGAGGUAACCAGGAUGGAGAAUGACGCCCGCGCCGUGCACGGCUCUCAGGUCAGUGCUGCACGUGUGCACGAGUCCGGAGGGUGUCUGUGUCAUUCUCGUGCUGUUGGGGAGUCGCCCUCUCUCCGCUGGUCCGAGUGUACAGGCUCGCGCUUGGUCCUCGCGUCUUCGUCUUCGCGUUCUUCGUGGAGCAAGAUGGCAAGCCUCUGCAUUGCACAGCUUCCGCUCUGUCUCCUUCGAGUCGCGUGUUCUCUCUUCGACACCCAAGUGAGUGUCGACCGCGUGGCCACGGUGGCGGUGGAUUUGGCUGACGGCGCGGCGACCUCCGUCGCGGAGGCGGCUCUGCGAAACUUCACUUUCCCUGCUGAAACCAAAGGGCCCUCCAGACGGGCGACAAGACUGGAAAUCUGGGAAAGCGAUCGGCUGCGAGGCGAGAGGCUAGGCGUGCGGACUCUCGCGCGCGCCGCCGAGAGGCCAAGCCGAAGGAAAGAGUGGAACGAGAGCGACGACGAGGAGCCGACCUCGGAGGGAAGCGAUACGGCCGAGGAAGAGGAACUGACAGCGGGAGUCGUCGAACAAGAAGCCGAAGUCUCGGAGGACGUAGAUCGGACCGAAGGAGGCGCAACCGGAAACACCACGGGAGACUCAGGAACAGAGGCAGCGAGCCAAGGAAGGGGAGCCCGUAGAGAAGCAGGAGAGUGCGGAGACAGGGGUGAGAGCGGAGAUGAGGACCAAGCUGUUUUGAGAGGAGACCUAGAGGACGCUCCAGCAUGGAGAGCCUCUGAGAAACAGAACCCACGGGACAGGCAGGGUGGCGUUCACGUUUUGGCCGAUCCGGCAGGGUGCACGAGGUGGAGAGGAGAAAGGAGAGUUCGACAUUUGCAUAGCGAGGAAGAACGCCGCCGGAGAGAAAGAGAGACAGCAAACGGAGAAGUGGAGAAGGCACGACGACCCAAAAGGCAGAGGGGAGAGGGAAAGGAACGGACGCCGCGCGAAGCGAUGGGUACAAGGACGUGCAGACGUCGAAGCCACAUACGGCCGGAAUGGGAACAUAUCACCUUUCGAGGCUCGAUAGCGACGGGAGGCCUUCCGUGCUUGAGAUGCCAAGCGUGCACAGUGGAGCGCCAAUCCCAUCGAUGCAUGUACAGAGAAACACUUCUUCCGGAAGACAUCGCGGCUCUUCUUUCUUCAGCUGCUUCCUCCUGCUCGUUUCAGGAUAUUCCUCUCGAUGCGAUCAUGUGGUGUACGUACCCCCCAGGUUCCGCCGUCGCGUCGGCCGAUUCGUCUGUGUGUCCUUUCUCGCAGCCCGGGUCUUCCUCUCCUUCUUCCCGCGCGGCUCCCUCGCAGCCGGCACGUCUGGUGACAGUUCUAGAAAUGCGAAGACGUCGACGAACGUUCUUUCCUUUCUCCCGCCCGCCUGCCUCUCUCGUGUCCGACUGGCCUUCUAUCUCCAAUGGUGGGUCAGGGACGAUCUCGCCUACCUCCCCUGCUUCUUUCUCGUCUGCGUUUCCUGAUUCUGUCUCGUCGCCUUCCUCAGCGCCGCUCACUCCUUCGCGCGCUUGCGGCUCUCCACACACGCUUCCAGUGUCUGCGUCCGGUUCCGUUUCCUCUCCGUUCUCGCUUGCCUCACCAUCUGCGUCGUCCCGUUCUUGUCCUCCGGCUUCACGCGUUUCCGUCUCGCCAGCUCUCGCCCCGUACACCCCGUCUCCUGGCUCUCUCAGCUCGCCUUCGGCGUCGCACUCUCCUCAGUGUCCUGCCUCCUCUCCGUCACCCUGCGAAGCGGUGCCGGCUAACUUGGCCGCAGGCGCUGCUGCGCCGUGCAUCCGCGCUCGGCUGUCGCGCGGUGCUCCUGUGUCUCCCCCGCAAAUCGGAAUUGGCGCCAACGUCCGCGAAGGUGAACCGCCAAUACGACGCGCGGAGCAUGCAGACGGAUCGGAAACCUUAGCCUCCUGCAUCUGCGCGUUUGCGUUCGAGCCGUGUCCUUCUGGCUGCCUCGCGCGCAAUGCGUUACCCGGAGUCUGGGAUGCCCACAAAGGCGAUCCGUGCGCCUCGUCGCUUCCUUCGCGGUUUCCCGUCGCGCUCGUUUGGCAUGUUAUGAAGCCCAGCAGAGGCGGCAGCCACGGGUCCGGGCUGGCGCAUGCAAGAAACGUCUGUGCCCAGCAGUGGAGCCGUUUCUGGAAGGAGGUUGAACGAAAG